AUGCAAAUGGAUAGCUGCCGGGAGUCGACACAAAGCCCAUGGCUGGAGAGCCCACGCUUGCACUUUCACCGGCAACGAAGCAACUCAUUCCCCAUAGUCGACGCUCUUGGAUGCUCAACGCCCGAGGCACAGUUAUUGCUGGCCGAGGGUAGGGCUGCUGUCCGAAAACGACGCGCCAAAGGCCGACGGGGUCGAUCUGUGGAUGACGAGAACAUCACCACAUUUGAUCCUCGGGACCAUGUCGCCUAUCUCCAAGGACUGUCUUUGAUAGACACCCCUCAGGAGCGACCCAGGACCCAUGAGGCCAAAAGCUGCCAUAAUCGGAAUCUCUCGAAUCUAACAGACGCAAGCAUCAACACAGUCGUCCCAUUACAUGGUGAUGGCGAGUCAGCUACCAGCCUCUCACCCUCGAGCCCACUAGGCGAUUAUUCCGCAAACCUGGCACGGUUUAUCAAGACACGACUUCGAUCCAUCCCGACCUACAGACUCGGUCAUGACACCACGUCCACCUCUCCACGUUCAUGUCCUGACCUAGGUUUCCCGCUUGCAUCGCCACCACAAUCGCCAACGAAAAUGCUCAGGCGCCCCGCCGAGGCACCCAAAGUCAUUACCAUUCCUCCCAUCCGGCCACCCAUGCUGAGCGCCUUUUCCGCCUGGAGUUCGACAACCGAAGACGACACUGAUGAUGAUGCUCCUCCACUACCAGGAUUUGCAGUCAACAGCACCGAUUCGCCAUCCAAAGCUAGCAGUUACACCCCUUCUCUGUUGGGCUACUAUGAAAUGUCGCACACUCCCUCAUUCCUAUCUUCCUCCACACCAGCAGAGGAAGAGGCAGAGCCUAACACAGCCAGCACAUCCACUUUGCCAGCAGAAUCAACGUCGCCUGCAUUGCCGGCCGAGCCUCACGACGAUGAUGGCGAUGAUGAUGAUGAUGACGACGACGAUGACGACGACGAUGACCCUCUCUCAUCCCACUCGCAUCCACAGCUCGUGUCAUCGUCGGCACCAUCGUAUACAUCGUCAACAUCGAAUCUGUCUUACUUCGACUGCAAGCGUUCCCCUGCCAUGACAUCAGCAAUGAAGGACCGCAUCAUUGCUGCCGUGACGCCGCCACAUGCCCAGCAUAAGAUGGGUUCUGCAAUGUCCCCUUGGGAAGAUGCUUCUCUUACCAAGGCGCACGAUGUGUUUUUAGAUUCACAGCAUCGAAUCCAUGUUGACGGCAUGUCGUUUGAUAUGCCCAGAGACUUUGUGCCUCCAAGCAGGCUGACGCCAUGCUGA